AGAGGGAAAAGCAUCAUGUUUGUUGGAGAUUCAUUAAGCCAAAAUCAAUGGCAGUCCCUAACAUGCAUGCUUCAUUCGGCUAUGCCAACUGCGAAGUAUAAUGUGACAAGAGUAGACGAUGUAUCUAUCUUCGAAUUUACAGAUUAUGAAGUUAGAGUGAUGCUAGACCGCAAUGUGUAUCUAGUAGAUAUUGUAAAAGAAAAGAUUGGGAGGGUCUUGAAGCUUGAUUCAAUAGUGGGAGGCAAGUUAUGGAAGGAUAUUGACAUGCUCAUCUUCAACACUUGGCAUUGGUGGAAUCGGAGAGGACCCUCUCAACCAUGGGAUUAUAUUGAAGUAGGAGACCAGAUAAGCAAAGACAUUGACCGCAUGCUUGCUUUUGAGAAGGCACUUAUUACUUGGGUUGGAUGGGUUGAUUCAAACAUUGAUCCUUCAAAGUCCAGGGUUUUCUUCCAAGGAAUAUCUCCUUCUCAUUACAAUGGCAGUGAAUGGCAAGAACCAAGGGCAAGAAGUUGUGUAGGGCAAAAGGAGCCUUUGCUUGGGUCGACCUAUCCAGGAGGUUUGCCACCAACUCUGAGUGUGCUGAAGAAUGUGUUGAGCACAAUCAAAAAGCCAGUGACAUUGCUAGAUAUAACAAACCUCUCACUCCUGCGUAAAGAUGGACAUCCUUCAAUUUAUGGGUUGGGAUGCCGCACCAGAAUGGACUGUAGUCAUUGGUGUCUUUGUGGAGUCCCAGAUACUUGGAAUGAGAUUCUCUACAACUUUAUUCUUUCAAACGUUCAUGAUUGAAACUAUCAAAUCGAU